AUGACGGCAAACCGACGGCGACCGGGCCGGUCCGCCGUAGGUUCGCCGUCGAUCGGUUCGCCGUCGAUCGGUUCGCCGGAGCCUAAGUGGCAGCUGGUGUCGUCGUACUGUAAGAAGCACGGCGUGAACCGCGAACCGGUUCAGUGCCGGAAACGGUGGAGCAACCUCGCCGGCGACUACAAGAAGAUCAAGGAGUGGGAGUCUAGGGCAAGGGAUGAAACGGAGUCGUUUUGGGUUAUGAGGAACGAUAUGAGGAGGGAGAGAAAGUUACCGGGGUAUUUUGAUAAGGAGGUGUAUGACAUACUUGACGCUGCGGUUUCUCCGGCGUUGGCGGUGAUUCCGGCGAGUUCUGCGACGGCGGCGAAGGUGGCGGAGGAAGUGGAAGGUGGUGAUGAUGCUGAGGUGCACAUUUAUGACAGUAAUAGGAGGGUGAGUGUUGGUGGUGGUGAGGAUGGAUUAUUCUCUGAUUCUGAGAGGGACGAGGUUUUUGUUUCUGGGAAUAAGAAUGUUCCUCAUCCUGCUAUUCCUAUCUCAGCGGAGAAGCAGUAUCAACCACCCCUCCAAGGGGAAGGCAAUGCUCAAGAUGCUACUAAUGAGAAACAACCAGCUUCAAAUCCGGAUUCUACAUCUCAAGGAGAACGAAAGAGGAAGCGGUUUUCAGUUGAUUCGGAAGAAGAAACUCUGCAGAGUCAACUAAUUGAUGUGUUAGAAAAAAAUGGCAGGAUGCUGCGCGAUCAACUCGAGGCUCAGAACGUCAAUUUCCAAUUGGAUCGGCAACAGCAGAAAGACACAGCAAGUAACAUUGUUGCUGUGCUGGAUAAGCUUGCAGAUGCUUUAGGAAGAAUUGCUGAUAAACUAUGAUGCAACAAGUUCAGAACACUAGAGCAGUGUACAUAAAACACUUUUAGGUACCAGUGGUUUUCAUCAUUUAUCAAGAGUAGCUUCUAGAAGAAUAUGUGCAGCAUUUGCUUCCUCCAUUUUCUCCCCUUUUUUCUGCAUAUCUUUUGUGGUUGAUUACUAGCAUCCUAGGAUUUUAUAACACAUUUGAAAAAAUUGGAAAAAUUGGAAGUUACUGCAUUUAUUGUUUUUCAUAGAUUAGUAGUAUUUCAGCAGCCAAUAAUAGCGGUUGUACAGAUGAUGACACUAUUGAAGAUAUUUUCUUAGUUGUCUUUCAUUUUAUGCUGUUGAUUAUAUAUUGUGAAAGAGAUUAUGGUUCAUUGAA